UAAAGUAUUUCACGGUAGGUGUUCAAAUACUUUCGUGAGUCACUGUACUUAGAAUAUGUUAUUAGCUCAAUUUAUUUCUACAAUAGAUCACAAUUGAUUCCGUGCAAUAGCAUAUACUUAAAAUGCGAAAAUUAUAGUAGUAUCGCGUAAUUUAUGGUAGUUCAUAAUUCAUGCCUUACUUUGCCCGCCAAUAAUUAGAAAAUGGAACGUCAGACAUCUAGUUCAUUAAUUGCACAAGUUUAUAUACCUUGAACUUUUACAGUAGAAUGCCCAAUAUUUUUCUUCUGUGCGUUCUAAUUGUGUUGAAAGAUACUUGCCAAUUGUCCAUGUUAAAUUCGAUUGGAUUCAACUUCAAAAUCCAUCUAAAGAAAAUGAGAAUGAAAACCUACUCAGAUGCGAUACUUGUAGUAACUGUCUUAAAUCGUCUCUCCUCGAUGCGGAACUUCACCGAUUUUAGAAAAAAUAAAAUCAAAUUCCUAUUUAUAUCCACUUUUAAUAUUAAGUACAUCAUUACAGUUAGCACUAUGAUAAUCCUCUAUUAUUAUUUGGGGGCUCAGUCUUUAAAGCAAUAUGAACCCAAAAUCGAACGAUUUUUCUAUCUUGUGUCGUUGAUCUUGUACGUUUGUGGAUUUCUUACCACGAUGGCUCUCGGCUUAUACAAUUCGAAAAACGUGCUGAUGUUAUGGAAACAGAUGAACAAAGUGGAUGAAGAAUUAAGGAAACUAGCAGUCAAGAUCGAAUAUCGCAGUUUCUUUUUUCGUACAUCGAUCACAGCCUUUUUCUGGAACUUUAAUUUCAUGCUAAUAACAGGAUAUGCAAUAAAAUUAUUUUCAAUGCAUGAAAAUGAAAGCAUCCAAAUGGAACUGUAUGCACUUACAGCAAACAUUACAUCAUAUGCUCUUUACGAGUUCAAAACAAGUCUAGAAUGGUUAGGACUGAGAUUCAAACAAAUGAAUGAACUUCUUGAAGAUUUACUUUUGGAGAAUCGUCGAACGAAAAUGGAACCUAACAAAAAUAUUCUGGUCGAAUCGAAGCAUAAUUUUCGGAAAAGAAGUCAACUAGACGAAUGGUUAUCCGAGCGUUAUUUUCGCGCUUCACGAACGUUUCCUGCAAAUAAUGCCCCAUAUUUAAAACAACAAUCCACCAAUAAAGUGUACCUGUUGCAUCGACUCAGAAUAUUGCAUUUACAGUUAUGCGGCGUGUUAAAGAUGAUGAACAAGACAUAUGAUGCCCAAUUAUCAUCUUACAUAUUUAUGAUACUUGUAAACCAAACUAUAAGUCUUUAUUACAUUUACAUGGAGAUACAUAGACCGUCUCAAUUCGUUGCUCAUAUAGAAUACAUUGUUGUGUUUCUAAUGGAUAUCAUUUGCAAUCUUCUCAAAGUUGUCUUUACGAGCUAUUCUUGCGAAUAUACGAUAAAACAGGCUAAGGAAGCGACUGGAAUUAUUCAUACUGCUUCAUCGUAUCAAACAGCCACCGAUUUAACAAGAAGAGACGAGAUGCUCCAGUUCUGUUUGCAAAUAUCGUAUACUCAGCAGCAAAGAAGCAGAGAAAAUUCCUUGUGGUUGAAUUAUAAGUUCAUUCGUCGUUAUGUGAGUGUUAUGGUAUCUUACUUAGUAGUCUUGAUUCAAUUCAGCCAAGCCAGAAGUAUUUGAAUGUCAUGAGACCAACAUCGAGAUGGAUUUAAGGUAAAAUAAUGUAUUUAUCCAUGUUUCUAUCCGACAUUCAGGAUGAGAUGCAUCCGCGGAUUACUCAUCAAUGAAAGUUAAAAGAUGUCAUCUCGAUUCGUAACGAUACCACGAAUCGGACGAGAAAGACAUUUAGAUCUAAUUAAAAUCGCUAGAAUAAUGAAUGCUUCGUACGAGAGGCAGAUUGUCUCUUUAUGACUAUCUCAUUCGUUUUUACAAUUAGUCUCUUAUUGAUGAAUUUGGAGAUCAACAGAAUCGUACGCAGCCGAACAUGGUAUAGGACUUAGUUUACUGCGUAAUGUGUAAAAUACAAUUGGUCAAAAUUGUUAUUUAUUAAAGUCGCGAAUAAAGAA